CACAGGUGGAGUCAGAAUGAAACUCUGGUUCUGGUGGGUUUCCUGCUCCGACCCACAUGACUUCCAGGAACCAGUGGAGGAGGUUCUGAGCUGCUCUUGCCUGAAACAGAGACGUUUCUGAUGAACAUGGAGUCCGUGAGGUUCUGCUGGGUUUGGACCUGCCUGCUGCUGACUCAUCCCUGCGGCUCGACGGCUCAUUCUGAGCACAUGCACGAUGUGAGGAGCCCCGGCGCCGCCUGCCCUGACAGCUGGAAGUGGAGUCUGUCUUCGGCCCCGCCAGGAAGUCCAGAUGUUUACGAGGAGCUGUGGCUGGAGAACCUGGACCUGGCCCAGCAGACGCUGCAGCUCCCCUUCCUGCAGCACAUGCAGCUGGGCGACCUGCAGGCCGACAGGUACGCCUCCUUCCUGAUCCAGGACAUCUGGUACCUGGCGGAGGUCACCGACCUGCUGGGGCGCGCCGCCCAGAGGUCGGACCAGGCCGACGACCUGAAGGCCUUCCUGACGGGAAGACACCAGAGCUACGACAGAUUCAAGACCACGAUGCUGCAGAGCUUCAACCUGAAUGGCGUGUCGAACAUCAAGGCGGUCCCGGCCAUGAAGGCCUACCUGCAGGAGUACCAGCGGGUCCUGGAGGAGGAGGAGCCCAUCAUGAUGGUGGUCAGCCUGCUGCCUUGCUCCAGGCUCUGGGUGUGGUUGGCCCGGCAACUCAGCGUCGGCUACGGCAACGCCUACUGGACCUGGAAGAGCAGCAACAUGGACGGGAAGCCCGGGAAGUUCAGGGAUCUGCUCAACAAACACCUGAAGGAGAAGAAGGACGUCCAACGAGCCAAAGAGAUUUUCCGCAAGCAGAUGCAGAACGAGUUCAACUUCUUCAAAGAGUCACUGGAGAAAUGAAGAGCAGCUGGAGCUGGUGGAGCAUCAUCCCUCCAUCAUCCCUACAUCAUCCCUCCAUCAUCCCUCCAUCAUCCCUCCACCAUCCCUCCACCAUCC